ACGGGGAGGAUGCCCACAGGAUCGCCCCCUCACCGGUGGUCCACGUGCGGGGGCUCUGUGAGUCAGUGGUGGAGGGGGACCUGGUGGAGGCCCUGGAGAAGUUUGGAAACAUCUGCUACGUCAUGAUGAUGCCGUUCAAGCGCCAGGCGCUGGUGGAGUUUGAAGCCAUGGAGAGCGCCGACCAGUGCGUGACGUGCGGGGCCAACGAAGCGGUCUACAUUGCCGGCCAGCAGGCCUUCUUCAACUACUCCACCAGUAAGAGGAUCACGCGGCCAACUAACGCCGAUGACCCCAGCAGUGGCAACAAAGUCCUGCUCCUCUCCAUUCAGAACCCCCUCUAUCCCAUCACCACUGAUGUUCUGUACACAGUCUGCAAUCCCAUAGGCAACGUGCWGCGCAUUGUCAUCUUCAAACGCAAUGGAAUCCAGGCCAUGGUGGAGUUCGAAACUGUCAAAAACGCCCAGAAGGCGAAAUCGGCUCUCAACGGAGCAGACAUAUACGCCGGCAGCUGCACCCUGAAGAUCGAAUACGCUCGGCCCACUCGACUCAACGUCCUCCGCAACGACAAUGAUAGCUGGGACUACACCAAGCCCUUUCUCGUCAGGCGAGGGUCACACUGCCCCCUGCUGCCCGUGCCCAGCAAUAACAGGUACAAGAGGAGCUCUCCCCAUGACUCCCAGGAGGUGGUUGCAUACCCCCUGCCACAGACCUCCUCCUAUAUGGGCCACGCCUCCAGCUCGUCAGUUGCCAUGGUGAGCGGCCUGCACCCCGCCAAGAUGAACUGCACCCGCAUCUUCAACCUCUUCUGCCUGUACGGGAACAUUGAGAAGGUGAAGUUUAUGAAGAGUGUCCCGGGCACCGCACUGGUAGAGAUGGGAGACGAGUACGCAGUGGACCGAUCCAUCACACACCUCAACAGCAUCAAGGUGUUCAGCAAGAGGCUCAACGUCUGUGUGUCCAAGCAGCACGCGGUCAUCCCCAGUCAGGUGUUUGAGCUGGAGGACGGCAGCAGCAGCUACAAGGACUUCGCCAUGACCCGGAACAACCGCUUCAGCAGCGUGGGCCAGGCGUCCAAGAACAUCAUCCAGCCGCCCGCCGCUGUGCUGCACUUCUACAAUGUCCCGCCCUGCAUCACCGAGGACGAGCUGCAGAGGUUAUGUACAGAGCAUGAUGUACCCGGUUUCACCAAGUUCAAAGUCUUCGAUGCGAAACCCAGCUCCAAAACUAUCUCAGGCUUAUUCGAAUUUGACAACAAGACACACGCUGUGGAGGUUCUGACAGUCCUCAACCACCACCAGAUCAGAAUUCCAAAUGGUUCCAACCCUUACACCCUCAAGCUUUGCUUCUCCACUUCCUCACACCUCUGAGACCCGGAAAACCAAGAUGGCCGCCGCACUAGUUCGGCCAUCAACAAGGGGAGAAGCGGAUGGGGGAGAAAGGAAGAGCACCUGACAAAGGAGAACGAAAAGAAACAACGCAAGGGUGGUUAGUCCACACACUUUUUCGGACCUGAGAAUGGAAAGGCGGGGUGUUAAAAAACACUCAAGAUCAUUUCUCCCCCUCAUAUGAACUAUUUUAAUGGAUUCUUUUUGUUGUCUUUUUUCCUUUAUUUACAAAAAUGAUUUGAAGGAGCUGCGAGUGGUUUGGCUGACAGUUGUAACUGACAGAGGGAGAGGAAAGCCCAACUAUGCAUCCUGGCAGGGCUGCUUACUCUGCACCACAAUUGAUUUGACAUUUCCUGUGCUGACUUGCCGAAUUUGACUUCUGUCUUUUUAUUGUGUGACCUAUUUUAGUGGUCGAAAGACAGUGGCCUACGGUCCGUUUUAAUUCCUAAGCUGAUGUCGAUGGCCAGUGGCCAGUUUUACAACUUUCAGACGAUUCCCAAAGUUGGACCAUGAGAACUGUAUACCCAGUUUUUCCCCUAUAUUAGUUUCUUCCUUAGGCGGGAUGCAAAAGCCCUCGAAGCAACAUCUAGGGCAGCUGGGAUAAAAAAUUACAAAUUGAAACCAAUGGAGGGCAAAUCAAUUUCGGCGGUGGAGGGCUGCUCUAGCUAGGGGAAACACUGGUGGAAACUAGUGGAAAUGUGUGUGCCUAACUCUGCAAUAUAAGAGAUUACUCAGUGUUUGUAAAUGAACAACCCGUCCACAUUAUAGUGUACAUAUGUGUGUAUAGCAGUUGAGUGGGUGUCCGGGCGCUAUGUUAAUAAGAGCAGUUCCUUAUGGAAAAAACACAAUUUUACAUGUGAAUUGUUCCAAGAAAACACAUGUGAAAUCAUAUGAUUUUCCACAUGUGAAAUCAUGUGUUUUUUCUGUAAGGAUUGUUUCUACAUUUUUUCUGUCGAUGGUCCUCUUCUUUGGAGGACCAUUUGAAUUAAAACUAAAAUGAACACUUGAGACUUGUGUCAGAAGUCGGAGUCAGCUUACACUCUGAUGGUCAACAGCAACCCGCCAUGUCGGUCCCUGGAUCUAGGGUUGGGAAACACUGAAUCAGAGGGGUGAAAUACUCAGCCACUACGACACGUCUGUCUUCUCUCAAGACGACAUUUUUUGAAGAGGACAUUUGCUUUUCCCAAACUGUGUUUCAAGAGUUCCAAACACUGAAGGUCCGUGCGGGUUGUAUGUAUUUAGUGUUAUACUGUGUCUCCAUGUUUGUACUUGGCACACCACCACCAUGUCUGAAGAAUUCACUGUGAGCAUGUGCAGAAAUUAAAACAUUUGCCAGUC